AUGACUCGUGCCGAGGUGCAGCUACAGUAUCUGAACUAUCCGAAGCUAGUUAGUAUCGAGAACAAGGAGGUCAUCGCGCGCAUUCCGUUCCUCGCGGCACUGAUGAAGAGCCAGAACGAGCUCUGGGAGCACUUCGACACUGUUCGUCUCGACCCCAUAGAGAUACCGUACACUCGUAAAGUGGGUGAUUUUGUUCUUCGACGCGUCUUCAAGUCACUGAAUAGCAAAGAAGUAGAUGAGGAAGAGAAACAAGAAGUGGAGACAAUGGAGCACGAGGACUUGAUGAAUAUUUUUUGUCUUGUUGACGAAUGGGGUGUUGACCGCGAACUAUUCGCCCCAUUUCGCGACCCACUGAAGGAUAAAAUCGAUGUCAUUAAAGACUAUUGGACCGCCGAACAAGAGGGCAAGGAUGCAUUCAAAGCGGACGGCGAAAAAGAUGAAAUGUCUUCAAUUCAAACAUCGACGGACGUGAUGCCUAACGAGGGCGAUUCGAAUAUUCCGGUGAUUCCAGCGAAAAAGAGCAUCGCACCGCGUGUCGAGAAGAAACGUCGACAGAAAAUCUCGGAUUAUCUCAAACAAAUGGCCACUCCCGAAAUUGAAGCGCAACUCGCGCCACUCCGUGCUGCCGUCAAAGAGUGUGGAGACUUGAUUCGUGAUCUCAAAGCGAAAGGAGCCGCAAAAGUCGAUAUUGACAAAACGGUCGUUGAGCUGAAAGCCCGGAAAUGUUGUCUCGAGGAGACUGAAAUUGCGUUGGCACCGAAGGAGGCGUCAUUCGACAGGCUGAAACUGGAGGACCUCCUCAAAAGACGAUUCUUCUACGAUCAAUCGUUCGCUAUCUACGGUGGCGUGGCUGGUCUCUACGAUUUUGGACCGAUGGGAUGCUCGUUGAAAGUGAAUAUGCUCCAAGAGUGGAGAAAACAUUUCAUUCUGCAAGAGGGUAUGCUUGAAGUGGAUUGUACCUCGUUGACUCCAGAAUCAGCGCUGAAAGCAUCCGGACACGUGGAUCGAUUUGCUGAUUGGAUGGUGAAGGAUGUCAAAACCGGAGAGUGCUUCCGUUCGGAUCUUUUGAUCAAGAAUAGCAUUGAGAAGUUGAUGAAUGACAAGAAGGUCUCCGCCGAAGUGAAGAAAGACGGAGAAGACGUGCUGGCUUGUCUCGAAGGAUUCGACGACAAGGAUAUGCAUGAAGUGAUCACAAGAUUCAAGUUCAAGUCCCCCAUCACUGGAAACGACCUCACCGAACCGAUCGCUUUCAAUCUGAUGUUCCCAACUCAAAUCGGACUAACCGGCGACUUCAAAGCAUCCUCCGCCCAGAAACCGCUCAGGGAAUCUUCGUGA